AUGUCCUCACUAUUUCACUCCUGGAAAGGUUUCUCAGAUGAAGAGGAGCUCAUAAGACUUCUGGGAUUCGCUAGCCUGGAAAAAAUCAUCGAUUUCAUAAGCACCAGACCAGCGAUGGACCUCCAUUAUCCUACGCAAUAUCGCAAGUUGAGAACUCCAUUGACCGCAGCGAUUGACCGCGGGACCCCGAGUAUCCUGAAAAGUUUGCUUGACAGGUUCUCGGUCUCUUUGGACUCGACCACAACUCAGCCCUUCGGGAAAACUGCUUUGAUGCACGCCUCCUACGUUUCCAGGAACCCCGAAGUCAUUCGAGUGCUCAUAGCGCGCGGUGCCAACGUUCGAAAGACCGACGACGUAGGUUGGAAUCCCCUGUACUACGCGAUCGUCGGCGAGCGAACGGAAAACGUGAAAUGUCUUAUCGAAUCGGGGACGGAUCUGGAGUCGCGGGACUUUCAAGGCCGAACGCCAUUGAUGAUUGCAGUCAUCCUGUCAAAUCUUGGAAUAGCGAAGCUGCUUCUAGACCACGGCGCCGAUCCAACGGCGAUCGAUGAUCUUGGAUGUACUGCUCUUAAGUUGGCGAUACUACGGAAUAAGCAUGAACUUGCUAUUAUCCUAGCAGAGAACGAUACUGACGUCACUUGUAAACCGUCUACGGUUAUUCACUCCGACUAUGAAUUGGCAGAACACCUAAUGCCGGAUCUUGUUCCGAUUAUGAGGGAAAACACACUGCGGAAGCGACGUGAUCUUGAGAAAACCACGCUGAUCAAUGAUUAGAAAGUGCCAUAUAUUGAAUAUCAUCUGACCAAUGGUGUAUUUAUCUAAAUG